UGGUAAAAAAUAAAUAAACUGACUGGAAUUUUGGGCCUUACAUACCCGACCAGAUCCACAAGCCAAACUGUCCACUUCCAAUAAAACCCUAACCCUAAUUACUCUCCCUCUUCCCCUCCAUUUCUGCAGCACUCCAAAACCCUAACUAUCCCCUCCGAUAAUCAAUCAAAGAAAAUGAGCAAGGGAGCAGCAGCUGUAGGCGGGGCCAAGGGAAAGAAGAAAGGAGCAACGUUCACGAUCGAUUGUGCAAAGCCAGUGGAAGAUAAAAUUAUGGACAUUGCCUCACUGGAAAAGUUCCUCCAAGAACGCAUUAAAGUCGGCGGCAAACCCGGAGCUCUCGGUGAUUCCGUUACAGUCACCCGUGACAAGUCCAAGAUCACCGUCACCUGUGACUCUAGCUUCUCCAAACGUUAUUUGAAGUAUUUGACAAAGAAGUACUUGAAGAAGCAUAACGUGAGAGAUUGGCUUAGGGUUAUUUCAUCGAAUAAGGACAGGAAUGCUUAUGAGCUGAGAUACUUUAACAUCGCUGAGAACGAAGGCGAGGAGGAAGAUUGAGAGUAUUUAUGAAUUCCUCUGUUUUGUUUUUGUUUAGGAUUUGUUUUCUUACAUUUUGAAAUGAGAUUAUUUGAAAUUUUGGUGAACACCCCGUGUUGUUUUGCCUCGUGUGAAUUUAUGUUCGGUUACUACAGGCUUCGCUUUAUUUGAGACCAUAUUCUAAUUAUUGUUGAAUUUAAGAAUGUUUUGCCUUGA